AGAGAUGAGAUGGCGUCCGGUCGUCAAGUUCUGGAUCAGGACCCUGCGGAGGUCUCAGGGCGGGCGGUGGGGGCCACUGUGUUCUCCAACGCAAGCACGCGGAGAAUGGAUUUUCUUCAGGCCCUGAGGGACAGCGGGCCCUCAGGAACCUUCCCUGAUCUUGGUGGAUCUGGGCCCCAGCUCCCUGGAUCCACCCCAGCCGCAUCUCUGGCCUCCUGGUGGGUUGAGGGACUGCGGACCCAGAGUGCGGACCCGGAAGCGAGAAGGAGACCUGGCGUCAGGGGUCCCCCAUGUCCCUCGAUCUCUAAAGCCUUCUGCCUCAGCGCGCCCCUGACUGGACACCCUGGUUGGACUGGCUUGGCCUAUGCGCCCCAGCGCGUUAGGCACCCACAACAGGGCCUGGGUGUUCUCUGCCCCCGGUUAACGUGGAAAGGAGGCCGCAAGGACGCAGUGGUCCCUUUUUCUGGCCAGAUUUUCUGGCCAGAUUCGGCCUUCAGAGCGGCCACCUCCGGAGACUCGGCCCUGCCACCCUGGCGCCCGCCCGGACGCCUCGCUCCCUUGGGAGACCCUAGUGUAGACACCCCGGUGAAAACGGGCCUGCCCGGGUCCAGGCUGAGCCAGAGUGCGCCCAGGAGUGUUCCAGUCAGAGCCUCCAGUUCUCGAGUCCCAGCGACCCUCGGUCAGACCUGGAAGCCCUCUGGGAGGAGGAGGAGGCCGGGACUGGGCUGCGCGGACACAGCCCCAGCCACCUUCCUACGGAGAUGGCGGGCAGAGAUAAUUCUGGGAGUUCCCACACAACAUUUCCCACCAUAGUAGCCCUCCGUACAAGUCCGGGAAUGAAAGUGGUGCUUCUGCCAGUUGCUGAGUAUGUUUAUUUCAAUUAUGCAUUCUGACACUGGGAAAAUAAUCAUGUGAUGGGUUUGGGGACCUAAUCUAAAACUCCAUUAAUCACCUGACUUUCAUAAGCCUUUAUUCUGAAUACUGAACCAUAGUAAUGUCUCCAGGAAUUAGUUAUCAGUUGAGAACUAGUGUUCAGUAAUCAAUGAAAAGUCUGAUCAUUUCCCUUUCCCCAACGCACAGUCACCCCACUCAAAGGCUGUGAGUUAAUUUGGAGAGGCUGGGAGAGAUUAACACUCUAAAUUUGUUUUGAGGACUCAAACCAGUGUUUUGUUCACUAGACCUAGAAUUCGGAUUAUGCAAACUAGUGAAGAAUUCAUUAUAGUAUCUGUCUAUUUUCUAGGAACAGUAACAUCAAACAACCAUUGCUACAGGUCUCUUUAUGGGUCAAACGAUCCUGAUUACUCUUUUGGUUCUGAUGUCCAUCAUGGUAACAGCACCCACUACAUCUUUGGUGAUUAAGUGCCACCAUUUGAUGCUAACACCCUGCGAUUCUAUUAUUCCCAUUAUAGCUGGGGAUUUUAGCUCAGUGGGAACCCAGCAAUUCUCACUGUAACUUCCCACUUACAAAGGAGAUUAGAAACAGAAUACUUCAAAAAACUUGGGAGCUUCUCUCAUGAAUUUAAUACUGACUGCCUUGGUGAAAAGUAUGUCCUGGGGACUCCUCCAAAGAGAAGCAAGUCUUAAUUGAUAUAUCCGUUGUAACAUUUCAUUUCCCUAAGCCUUUGGUUACAUUCUUUUACAGAAUACAAAGGCAAUUUUAAUUUUUUAACUUAGAGUUGACCAUUUUCUUUGUGUUGCUAGAAAGGGAUACCUGUGGCUGAGGCUGGGUAAUUUAUAAAGAAAAUAGACUUAUUUGGCACAAAGUUCUGUGGGCUGUACAAGAAGCGUAGUGUCAGCAUCUGCUUUGGGUGAGGGUUUCUAGAAGCUUCCCCUCCUGGUGGAAGGUGAAGGAGUGGCGGCAUCACAGGACCCUAUGGUGAUAAAAGAAGGAAAAGAGAGAGGAGGGAGGUGGCAAGCUAUAUUCAACAACCAGCUCUCGUGGGGGUGGGGACACUUGCAUGAGUGAAUAGAGCAAGAAUUCACUCAUUACCUUGAGGAUGGCACCAAGCCAUUCAUGAAGAAUUCGCUUCCAUGACUUAAAUUCCUCACUUUAGGUCCCACCUCCAACAUUGGGGAUCAAAUUUUAACAUCAGAUAUGGAAGGGAUUAAAUAUCCAAACAAUAUCACUCACCUUGUGCCCAUGUAACAGACAACAACCCAAAUGGUUAGAGCGCUUCUAAUUCUUCAACUUACAAAAUUUAUUAAUAUGGGGUCCAUUAUUGGGAACCCAUAUUAAUAAAUUUAGGUUGAAUCUACUUUAAAUUCGGUCCACUUUAAUCCCCCAUUCUUAAAAUCUAUUUCUAGAUAUAUUCUCCAGAUUCUGUUUGUAUAAUUUGGCAAAAUGAUGUAAUCCUGUCAGUGUGUAGUCUACUUUGUUCUCUGGAGAUUGCCUAGACUUGAGUGUAGUUAUAGGUCUCCAAGCAAAGAGGUAUGAUGGAGUGUGAUAUGGUUUGCCUCUGUGUCCACAUCCAAAUCUCAUAUUGAAUUGGAAUCCCCAUGUGUCUAGGGAGGGAACUGGUGGGAGGUGACUGGAUCAUGGGGGUGGAUUCCCCUCCCCUGCACCAUCUUCUUAUAGUGAGUGAAUUCUCAUGAGAUCUGAUGGUUUCUAAGUGUGACACUUUCCCCUUUGCUCUCUCUGUCCUGUCGCCAUGUAAAACGUGGCUUGCUUUUCCUUCGUCUUCCACCAUGAUUGUAAAUUUCCUGAGGCCUCCCUAGCCAUGCAGAACUGUGAGUCAAUUAAACCUCUUUUCUUUAUAACUCACCCAGUCUCAGGUAGUUCUUUAUAGCAGUUUGAAAACAGACCAAUACAGGGUGGGUGCUGAGGAGAAUCAGCAGUGCCUUCUAAGGCAACUACCUCAGAAAAGGCCAUUAGAGAUUUAUCAGGCAAUCAAGGACUAACUUCCCCUGGCAAGGGUGGAGGGGUUGCAUCUGUAGGCAAAAAAGACUUAUCAGAAUAUGAAGCUGCAAUAACCCAGGCUCAUUAGGACCUGCCCCUAUGUUUCAAUUCCAAUUUGUGAUAUCCUAUCCUUCUCAAUCAAUACACUUGCUUUAACAGAAGACACCCUGCCAUGUUGAAAAUAGAAAUUAUAUUGUGAUUCAGCCGCUAGAGAAUUAGAUUCUAGGUUUAGUUUUCAGAAAUCUUAGCCCUCUGGUUAUAGGAUAUGAGUUUCUGUCAGGGCCGAAAUAGCUUCUGUGUCAUAUAUGUGGGGGUUGAGCUAGGAAUUUUAGUCCCUCAGCUCCUUGUUUUCUUUUUCAACUUUGUCCAGCUCAAUUAGGAACAACCAGUCAGGCUGGAUGUGAUGACUCAUGCCUGUAAUCCUAACAUUUUGGGAGGCUGAGGCAGGCAGAUCACUUAAGCCCAGGAGGUCAAGACCAAGACCAGCCUGGGCAACAUGGUAAAACUCUGUCUCAACAAAAAUAUAAACAAUUAUCCAGUCAUGGCGUUGCAUGCCUAUAGUCCCAGCCACCUAGGUGGCUGAGGUCAGAGGAUCGCUUGAGCCUGGGAGGUGGAGGCUGCAGUGAGUUGUGAUUGCACCACUGCACUCCACCCUUCCAGCCUGGGUGACAGAGUGAGACGUUGUC